GGCCCGGCGCCUCAGGGCCCGGUGUCGGCACCUCACGGACGGUGUUUUCAGCCAGCGGCUCCUGGCCCAGCCUCUCAUCCGAUGCUCGUCCCGGCGCCAUAGCCCGUUUCUGCUCGUUUUUGCUGCUGGGCCUGGCACUUCACUGCCAGUGCCGGAGCCCCGCGCUGUCCCUACCGCGGCCCGCAUUCUUUGUCUGGGCCUCGCACCCUAGCCCCUGAAGCCGCUGCCCCUCGCAGCUGUAAGGGGGAGUGGUGCUGGCAGGGGCUCUCUUUAACUCCAGCACUGCCGAGUGCUCUCUUCAAAAUUGUUGUCCUGUGCUCCCCUGUAACCCGUUGCUGUGAUGGAAACGGGUUGUGGGUUAGGACUUUGCUGUCGGGAGCUCCUAUAUAGAAGACGAUCCUAGGAGAAACUCAUGAAGAGGAGGAUGAGAUCCUUCCACGCAAAGACUAUGAGAGCUUGGAUUAUGAUCGCUGUAUCAAUGACCCAUACUUGGAAAUUUUGGAGAGCAUGGACAACAAGAAAGCCCAGAAAUAUGAAGCAGUGAAGUGGAUGCUGGUUUUUGCUAUUGGAGUCUGCACAGGACUGGUGGGCCUCUUUGUGGAUUUCUUUGUGCGGCUCUUUACCCAGCUCAAGUUUCGGGUGGUACAAAGCUCGGUGGAAGAAUGCACUGAGAAAGGCUGCCUUGCGCUGUCCUUGCUGGAGCUGCUGGGGUUCAACCUCACCUUUGUUUUUCUUGCCAGUCUUCUGGUCCUGAUCCAACCUGUAGCAGCUGGGUCAGGAAUUCCUGAAAUUAAGUGCUACCUCAAUGGGGUGAAGGUUCCAGGCGUUGUGCGACUGCGGACAGUGGUGUGCAAAGCUAUGGGAGUGCUCUUCAGUGUGGCAGGAGGUCUUUUUGUUGGGAAAGAGGGUCCAAUGAUUCACAGCGGUGCUGUCGUGGGUGCGGGCUUGCCACAGUUCCAGAGCAUCUCUUUGAGGAAGAUCCAAUUUAACUUUCCCUAUUUCCGCAGUGACAGGGAUAAAAGGGAUUUUGUAUCUGCCGGAGCAGCUGCAGGGGUUGCAGCUGCCUUUGGAGCCCCAAUUGGAGGCACUCUUUUUAGUUUGGAAGAAGGUUCCUCCUUCUGGAACCAGGGACUUACAUGGAAAGUGCUUUUCUGUUCCAUGGCUGCCACCUUCACCCUAAAUUUUUUCCGCUCUGGGAUUCAGUUUGGAAGCUGGGGGUCUUUCCAGCUCCCUGGGCUACUGAACUUUGGGGAGUUUAAGUGCUCUGAAUCUGAUAAGAAAUGCCACCUCUGGACAGCUGUGGACUUGGGCUUCUUCAUUCUGAUGGGGAUUGUAGGAGGCCUUCUUGGAGCCACCUUUAACUGCCUGAACAAGAGACUUGCCAAGUACCGCAUGCGCAAUGUGCAUCCCAAGCCAAAGCUGGUCAGAGUCUUGGAGAGCUUGCUUGUGUCAUUAACCACCACCGUCGUGGUCUUUUUAGCCUCCAUGGUUCUGGGGGAAUGCCGGCAGAUGUCUUCCAGCAGGCACAGUGGCAAUGACACCCUGAGCCUGCAGGAUAUAUCAGAGGAUGUAAAUUCAAGCAUCAAAACCUUUUUUUGCCCAAAUGAAACGUACAAUGACAUGGCCACACUCUUCUUCAACCCUCAGGAGUCAGCUAUCCUGCAGCUCUUCCACCAGGAUGGUACUUUCAGCCCAGUCACCCUGUCCCUGUUCUUCCUUCUCUAUUUCUUACUCUCCUGCUGGACAUAUGGGAUCUCUGUGCCCAGUGGUCUGUUUGUACCAUCACUGCUUUGUGGGGCUGCCUUCGGACGCCUUGUCGCCAACCUCCUCAAAAGUUACAUUGGCCUGGAUCACAUCUACUCAGGAACCUUUGCUCUGAUUGGGGCAGCAGCAUUCCUGGGAGGAGUGGUCCGCAUGACCAUCAGCCUGACUGUCAUCCUCAUUGAGUCCACCAAUGAGAUCACCUAUGGACUCCCCAUAAUGAUCACUCUCAUGGUAGCCAAGUGGACAGGAGACUUUUUCAACAAAGGCAUCUAUGACAUCCAUGUGAACUUGCGAGGAGUCCCUCUUCUGGAGUGGGAAACAGGGGUGGAAAUGGAUAAACUACGAGCCAGUGACAUCAUGGAACCCAACUUGACAUACGUGUACCCGCACACCCGGAUUCAGUCCCUUGUUAGCAUCCUGCGCACAACUGUCCAUCAUGCCUUCCCUGUGGUGACAGAGAAUCGGGGCAAUGAGAGGGAGUUCAUGAAAGGCAAUCAACUAAUAAGUAACAACAUCAAAUUCAAGAAAUCCAGCAUCCUCACCCGAGCUGGAGAGCAGCGCAAGCGUAGCCAGUCCAUGAAAUCCUACCCUUCGAGUGAGCUGCGUAACAUGUGUGAUGAGCACAUAGCCACAGAGGAGCCUCCUGAAAAGGAGGAUCUGCUGCAACAAAUGCUGGAGAGAAGAUACACUCCUUACCCCAACCUGUACCCUGACCAGUCUCCCAGUGAGGAGUGGACCAUGGAGGAACGCUUCAGACCCUUGACCUUCCAUGGCUUGAUCUUGCGCUCACAGCUGGUCACCCUUCUUGACCGGGGGGUUUGCUACUCCGAGAGCCAGUCGAGUGCAAGUCAGCCCCGUCUGUCCCACGCAGAGAUGUCAGAGGAUUAUCCCCGCUAUCCAGAUAUCCAUGAUCUGGACCUCACACUGCUGAACCCUCGUAUGAUAGUGGAUGUCACCCCAUACAUGAACCCAUCACCCUUUACUGUCUCUCCAAAUACUCAUGUGUCACAAGUCUUCAACCUGUUCAGGACAAUGGGACUCAGGCAUUUACCAGUUGUAAAUGCAGUUGGAGAGGUUGUUGGGAUAAUCACUCGGCACAACCUGACCCAUGAAUUCCUGCAGGCAAGACUGAGACAACACUAUCAGACCAUUUGAUGCCCCUGCCCCAUUGUCAGUGUGGCUUCCUCCCUCCUCCAAGCCUGCACACACGCUCGCAUUCUGCUUGGACCCCACAAGGCCCAAGACUUGCCGUUUGGCUUCUCACAUGCAUAUCAAGCCUGGGGAACUGGAAAACAUCUUGCUAGCCAGAGAAUUAGAGGAGCUGCCUGAGCCCAGAGCUGUUGAUUGGCCUCCGGCACUUGGUUUGACAACUCUUGAUCCAGGUGUUUCCUUCCCCUGUCCCCCAGUUAUCUCUUUCCAUCAGAUGUUGUCCUAACACUGUGUGUUCUGCCGUUUUGUUUUGGGGUUUUCUUAAGAGUUGGAAAAAAGAACCAUUGCCACUAUGUCCUGGGCAAAGAACUGCAGCAUCUUUCCCUUCCUCCUGUAUGACUGCCUUUUCCUCUUCCUCCCUUGUUUCUGCAACUGUUGCCUUAUUUUUGUGAGAAGGGGGUUGCUGUCACAGCUUAGAGGAGAUACUGAAGUUUGCAGAGACCAAAUAGCUGCUCUGGAGGAUGGUUUUUUGCAAAAGCAGUAUUAAAAAAUCCAGCAUUUUGGAAAUAUACCGCUCUUUGCAAGUGUUCCCCUUUGCCUGUGUUUUUUCACUGUCUUCAUUUGUUCUUAAUUUCUUUCCUUCUUCCAUGAGGAAAUGUUUCUGCUGUGAUGUUUUUGACAGCAGAUGACUUUUGAGAGCAGCUCAGCAGAUUUGGAGUUCAAAAUGGUUACAUUUCAGUUACUGUUUGGGUUUAUGAAUAUAUUUAUAUAUGUUUAUAAAUAUGUUUGCAAAGCAUCUCAGAGAAGGGAGAUCUCUUUCCUGUUAGCUGUUGCUAUUAUCUCCCUGUAAGAGACUCUUCUAAGGUGCUUGGUGGCACUCCACUUUGACAUUCCUGCAUUUCUUGGCAUUUGUAGGCACUUUGUCCUUGCACUGCUCAAACAGUGAGAGCCUGGGGCACCUUUCCAGCUGGAGUCAGAGACCAGGGAACCUCCAGUGCUUUCUGGAGGCAAAUAGAACUGAGGGUCUUUGGACUUGGUUGAAUUAUCUCUGUGUCAUGAGAGGAGCUGCUGUAGUUUCAGGCUGCCAUAAGGAGGGAUACUUGGUGCUGGUAACUUAGGUAGGAUCUGCUGCAGGUGAUAAGUGGGGCUGUCUGUGCUCUAAAAAUGCUUGGGAUAAUGUUUGCAACUGCAACAAUCUGUGAGGGUAAAAUCAGCACUUAGGAGCCAGUUGCAGCCAGUUCAGUGCUUUAGCAGGUACCAUCCUGGCCAGCACCUGUAUUGUUCCAGCAGGCACCUGCCCUCCUGAGUUCUCUGUGCAGAUAACCCUCAGUGGGAAGCCAGUGCUGUGCCUCAGGGACUGCAGAACUGAUUGGCUUGAUAAAGCACAGAGCAUUCUCUCAGCCAAGAGACUGGGCCAAGUUACAUGGGGAAUGUAUUCCAGAAAAGCUUCUAUACAGCCUCUGAGCCCUCCAGUUAACCUGUUGUCUGCCAUAAGGAGCUAGCUAGGUGGGAGCUGGGGCAGAAGGAAGGCAGACUUUGUUGAUUUGCUGUAUUUCCUUAAAACAUAGGAGUUGGCAUCAGCUACUACUCUUGAUUGGCGAGUUCUUUCCCUGUAAGUAGAGAAAGGAUGUUUGUUCUGUCUGGGUAGUCUCUGCAGGUGAUGUCUAAAAUGCCUGUGCUCCCUGAGCUCUGAGCUAUCCCAAGAAACUUGCAGCACCCUUUUGCACUCCCUGAAGCUGGACUCUUAAGUUUGAAAUAUGCUUAUGUUAGGCUACCUUUCAUUCAAAGGAUUUGUGCUCCUGGGUAGUUACAAAUCACAGGAAUCCUGGUUUUGUGGGAUUUCAGAUCACUCAAAUGUGGAAUUGGCAAUCCUGUACUGUUAGAGCACCUGUCAAGAAUGUCCUGUGUCUCUCCAUGACAAAUGUUUUUCCUCCUGCUCAUGUUGAGUGUGUAUGGAAGGGAAGGUUCCCUCUGUUCCUGCACAUGAAUAGGGCUCCUUAGGUCGUUUGCCUUGAGCUGGUCCUGUUUUAUUUCUGUACACAAACAGCAGGAUAUUUUGCUGCAGGAUGUCUUUGUCAUUGCUGCUGAGGCUGGAGUUGGGAAAUCCAGACAAGUUCGGCUGGAGAAUCUCAUCAAGGUUUUUCUGAGCACCAGAUGCUUCCCCAUGAGAAGGCACCUUGCUUUCAACCUGUUGGCAGCACUGGCUGCUCUGCCUCGGCAUCUUAUUCAAGUGUUUCAGCUAGAGAACACACCCUUCCAUUCUUUCAGUAAAGAAGUUUUCAAUGAGGAUGGUGGGUGACCCUGUCAGCUGCUUUAAAGGGAAAUCUCAGCAUGCAGUUACUGUUCUGUAGACUGCAGAAAAGGAAUUACAAGUUCACCUGACAUUUGAAGAUGCAGCAUUUCCCUUCUGAUGAGGACUGAUGCCAAGGUACUUGUGUUGAAUCAGUCUUGUUUUCACACUUUAGUUACUUAAUUCCCUUCUUAAAGCACACUUACUGCUUCUACCCUGGCUCUAGUUGCUUAGUGAUUUACCAAGAGACUCACUCUAACCUAGGUGCCUGUAACAUUUUAACAGAGCACCACUAAGGGAAAAAUAAUCCAGAACUGGAUUAGUUCUGAUGGCAAGGUUAGGGGGUUAGUCUGGAACCUUCUUCCUUGCCUCAUGGUUUCCUGUGCAGUGUUAAUUAUGCCAUUUUGAAUUAUUAAUUAUUGUGAGCCAUUCCAAUGGUAGCAACUCACCUUUCCAUUUUUUUUUUUGCACUGUUUUUUGUUAUGAAGUGAUGUAAGCUAAUUCCAUGGUGUGUGUAUAUAAAUUGUAUUUUUUUUUUAAUUUGUACGAAUAUAUUUUUGUUUGAACUAUGGCACUUGGGAAGUAUUCAUGUAACUGUAACAUGUCUGAGAGUAAAAUGUUUGUGUGUCUCCUUCAGCACUUUCAAGACCUUUUGAUGUUUCUAGUAGUAUUUUAUUUUUGCCCUUUUGAUGUUUCUAGUAUUGUUUUGUUUUUGCCCUUUAUGAAAAUAAAACUAGUAGAACAUGGCAACA